AUGAUAGGUCCUCUUUCUUCAGCAGCUUCACAAGGUGGCCGUUUUUUUUUCAUUCUUCAGGCACUCUUUCUUGCUUCCACAUCUUUUGCACGGGGUGGGGCUGUUUCAUCCUUUCUGGCCUGUUCUUAUUCUUUCCUUCCCUCGUUCCACGCGACCUUAAUCUUUAACUAUCGUUUGAAUUCCCUCCGUUCGCUCUCUCGUCUAACCCUGACACAAUAUUUUCGCAAUACCAACUUGUUAUUCUCUUUUUGUUUUUCCUCAUUCUCAAUUCUUCCGUAUCACAGGCUUUUUCUUUCUCCUUUUCCCCUCCUUCGUUGUAUUUAUAUCCUUUCUUUCAACAUUCACAUAAAACUGCUUAUUAACGACACUCCCUCAACUAAAUUUUGUCAUCCCCCACCACUCUCUCUCUUUUUCUUUCUCUCUCUUUCUCUUUUCUGUAGACUUCGCCGCAAUUUUUCUUGUCCUUUAAUUUCUAUGAGUUUGCUUUUCCUUUUUUUUCUUUUUUUAAAUCUCGGAUUGUUGACCCACAUAUCUCAAAUUCAAACGCGUGAUUGGCCUCCUUCUCCGUCUGCUCCCGUCUCUCCUUUUCUUUAA